AUGACGCCCUCUGGAAAGGACUUACCGGCCACGAUCCGUCGCCAGAUUCUUAGCGAUCCGGAUUUGCCCAGGCCGAACCCGACUGCGUCCUUGUGGCAAGAGCCUCCAAAUCCGUUCACCAACAAACUUCAAUCGACGCCGUUGCCAGAAAAGGUCGAUUUCCUUGUCAUCGGCUCUGGAGUCGCUGCCUGCGGUGUCACCCGAAGCCUUCUGUCUAAUGCGGCCUCUGGCUCAAAGACAGUCGCCGUUGUUGAAGCAAGAGGCCUAUGCAGCGGCGCAACAGGCCGAAAUGGCGGCCAGUUGACAAGACUGCCGCCGACUAGGUAUACCUUCAUGAGGGACGAAUUCGGCCCGGAGCAAGCGGCCAAGGUUAUGCGUUUGACUGUGAAGGGCCUUGAUGAGAUGCACAAUCUCGCCGAGCAACAGGGCCCUGAACUUGUCGCAAAGUCUCUGAAGACGAGGCUGGAGAAGUUCUUCGCCUACUACGAUGAGCAGUCGUGGAAUGAGACGAAAGAAGCCAUCGGACUUUAUGAGAAGGAGGUUCCGGAGGAUUGGGGAGUGUAUCGUCUGGUCUCGCGCGAAGAUACUGCAUCCGAGUAUGGACUGAAUGGCGCGUAUGGUGGAUUGAGAUUUCCGGCGGGAACUGUGUCGCCAUAUCAGCUCGUGACUGGCACGUUCAAGGCGCUGCUUGAGAAAUACCCUGACCGCCUCACAAUUGCAACUCAUACCCCCGUCACUGCGAUCUCGAAGGGUUCGAAUCAGGACUACCCUUAUGUGGUGAAGACCCCAAGAGGGACUAUCCUCGCAUCAGAAGUUGUUCACUGUACCAAUGGCCACGCCGCGCACUUGCUGCCCGGUCUCCGAGGAAAGAUGUACCCACGCCGAGGCACAAUGUCAGUCCAGUCUCCUGGAGGCUCGUUUCCUGACAGGAAAGGCAAACAGUCGUGGUCAUUCUACUUUACUCCAAAGCACGAUGAGAAACAGGGGACCGUCGAAACCGGCCGAUACUAUUGCUUCCAGAACCGCGAUACUGGUGACCUCUGGAUUGGCGGUGACAAGGACAGCAUUGAUGGCUUCAUUUCUGCCGACGACUCCACAAUCGAUCCCCAUGCUGACAAGAAUCUGCGCUCUAUUCUUCCGGUUCUGUUUUCUGAUGCGUGGAUCAAGGAUGAUGCCAGCGCCAAGGGUGUAUGGACAGGAAUCAUGUGCUAUACCGGUGACCAGCUGCCCUUCGUUGGAAGACUUCCCCAGGAUGCUACUGGGCGUAGUGGUUCUGGUGAGUGGAUUGCAGCGGGGUGGAAUACGUAUGGCAUGACCAAUGGCCUCAUAUCUGGAGAUGCCCUUGGCAAGUUGAUCCUGGGAGAAGACAUUUCGUCUUGGUUCCCCGAGGCCUAUGCCCCUACGGAGAAGAGACUUUCUGGGCCCAAGUUCCAGACUGACGCAGUAUUGAAGGAUUACUUCGAUAGGAUUGGCGCGCAGGAGGUAAAGGCUAAGCUGUAA